UCACAAUUUAUUAGUCGAAGCAAAAUAUGGCUGGAUUUGCAGCCUGCAGGUCUAUUAUUGACUGAUUAUUACAUUUCCAAACCUAGGCCAGAUACGCUUUAUCCUUAAAUAAUUUGGUAAUACGGCGGAAAUCUCUUUCCGCGUGAGAGAGCCACAAGCGAAGAUCCGGUAUGUCGACCACCACCAACCCUAAUGAUUCUUCGCUUCCUCCUAGCCAAAGAUUAUUGGGAAAAGUAGCGCUGGUCACUGGUGGAGCCUCUGGUAUUGGAGAGAGUAUUGUGCGAUUGUUCCACAAACAUGGUGCAAAAGUUUGCAUUGUUGACUUGCAAGAUGGUUUAGGACAACAGGUCUGCGAAUCCCUUGGUGGUGAACCAAACACUUUUUAUUUGCACUGCAAUGUCUCGAAAGAGGAUGAUGUUCGUGAUGCUGUUGACUUCACAGUUGAUAAGUUCGGUACACUUGAUAUCAUGGUUAAUAAUGCUGGGUUAUCUGGACCACCAACUCGAGACAUCCUUGCUGAAAAGUUAUCAGAUUUUGAGAAGGUGUUUGAUGUUAAUGUGAAGGGCGUGUUUCUUGGAAUGCAGCAUGCAGCCCGGAUUAUGAUCCCACGAAAUAAGGGAUCAAUCAUAUCCAUUUCUAGUGUCGCAAGUGUCAUUGGUGGCAUAGGCCCUCACGCAUACACAGCAUCCAAGCAUGCUGUGUUGGGGCUGACCAAGAAUGUUGCAGCUGAGUUGGGAAAGCAUGGAAUCCGUGUCAACUCCAUUGCUCCAUAUGCAGUCCCAACAAACUUGGCUUUGGCUCACUUGCCAGAGAGCGAGAGAACUGAAGAUGCCUGGAUAGGUUUCCGUGCUUUUGUUGCAAAGAAUGCUAAUUUGCAGGGGGUGGAAUUGACUGCCGAUGAUCUUGCCUAUGCUGCGCUUUUCUUAGCAAGCGACGAAUCAAGGUACAUCAGUGGGGAUAAUCUCAUGGUUGAUGGGGGGUUUACAUCCGCGAAUCACGCACUCCAAUUCUUCAGGUGAUGCAUAUUUUGGCAAGGUUUUCUGCAUUGGUAGAGAGAGAAAAAUAAGGAGCUGCUAAUACCAUGUUUAUUGGGCUUGUAAUAUGUUUGAAUUGAAAGUCCUACUUAUACAUGUGGAUACAUAGUCAUCAAAGAUCAAAACUUUCUUUGGGUUUCUCACUGGAGAUGAUGAAAUGACAAAUGUGAAGAGUACGAUGAUUUCCAGAUUGAUUCAUAAAUGACUUCGCAAUCCAAUUUGUGUCA